UCAAACGUAGUCGUACUUGCUAUGCUUAAGUACGUAUGUAGGGAGCUAUAUUAAGAGACCACUGGCCCUACCCCUCCUCCCCUCUCUCCUAUUAUAUCGUUCAGGUGGGAUGAUGUCAGUGUUUCUGAUGGGCGUAUACGACAAGUCCUGUGAUCGAUUCCGUACCGUUGCUAAGUGUGGGAACGGACAUGACGACGCCAAAAUUGAAAAACUCCAGACUGAGUUGGACAUGGUCAAGAUUAGCAAGGAUCCUUCAAAAGUUCCUGCUUGGUUGCUGGUGAACAAGACGGUCAUUCCUGAUUUUGUAGUGAGGGAUCCAAAGGCCGCUCCGGUGUGGGAGAUCACGGGAGCUGAAUUCAGCAAGUCCACUGCCCACACCGCGGGCGGCAUUUCCAUCAGGUUUCCUCGUGUCACGAGGAUACGAGACGACAAAGAUUGGACAAACGCUACAGACCUGGAAAGACUCAAGACACUCUUCAAGGCUUCUAAAGAGACAACAGACAUCCCUGGAUUGACGGGUAGUGGCGGGGGAAAGAGUGAUGAAAACGGAGCGGACGAGGGGGACACUGAAGAAGACGAAGAAGAAGAAGCGAUGGACACUAAGCCUCCCACCAGCUCACCCGCAAAGACCCCCAAGAAAUCUCCAAUCAAGAAGCAGCCACAACGAAGUCUCCUUCCUCAAAGUCUAGGAAAUCACCAUCCAAGUUGGCUGGAUCUAAGAGACCCAGACAGGAGAGAGAGAAAGACGAGCGAGAAAUGGCGUCACCGGUGGUUAAGAGGGGAAAAGGCCAAUGUGAACGUCUUGGGACAACACAAGUGUGCUGGUGUCGCAAUCCCAAAGCCACUGGCCGACAUCUUUACAGGAGUGACAGUGUACAUUGACCCUAGUGUUAGCAAGGCCGAGGAUCUGAGAAGAUACUUUGUGUCGUAUGAUGGGGAAGUUGUGGACGAAUACCACAAGUCUUCAGCGGAUUACUAUAUCAUGGACACUGCCAGUUCUACAUCUGCUACAACCUCUGUCAAGCCAGAAUGGGUGUGGGAUUGCCUCAAGAAAGCAUCUCUUCUGCCCACAGCUCCUUAUACCCACUAGUCUUCUAUUACACAAUAAGCUGCGCCUUUUCUUAAGCCUUUCUUUUUGUACAUAUAUAAAUCUAUAGAGGAUAUUAUUAUGCAAUUUUUAUUGGCAGAGAAUGGACAAUAAUUACAUUUUUAUUUGCUGUAUAGUAUUAUUGUCAUGUAUAAUAUAGCUGUGCAAAAUAUUAUUAUAAGACCUGACUUUUGAUUUAAUGCAGACAUCUGUAGAUAGACCAUGUAUUCCUGGAUAAUUAUAAUUUUGUGCUAUUUACGCUGACAGCACUUUGAUGGUUCAACCAACCAAUUGUACUCGUAUGCUUUCCUUACAGCCGUCUCUUGUUCGCAUAUCAUUCCUUUACUCUGCAGAAGUUCGUGUUUUGUUCGCAUUUCGCCAGGCGACUGCUUGUGAGUGACGAGAUAGUUAUUGCGACAUCCUCUGGAUUUGAAUUCCGUGUCGAAUCGCGAGUCGUGCCGCCGUUCGGCUCUAAAUGGACUAAGCCACACCCCCAAGGAGGUGUCCUCGUUGUUGUACAGGCGAACACCGUCCGACAUGAGGGCAACUUUGUGUACUAAAUCAGCCGACACUACGUACCCACCGCCGAGGGCAUACGGUAGGUAGCGGUCACACAAAAACCACUCUUUCUCGAUGUAUUUCCCACCCUUUUUAGGUGUGGCUCGACCGUCGAAAAACCCCCAAUAGU